AAGACGAUUUGGCGCGGACUGUCCUGUUGUUGUGUUGACCUACUGUCGCCGGCGUUGAGCGGCUGUCACUGAGCAAACUUAAAGGCAGAAACGUUAAAGGCAGAAACGUUAAAGUCAUGGCUCCGGUAUCGAACCCAGACAAAGACACGGACGGUCCGGACGGCGACGACGGAGGUGAUGCCUGUGGUCUGGCAAAGUCUCGCUCCAGACGGGAGAAGAGGGAGAAGGUGGGGAGGAAGUCAGCGCUGGAGCAGCUCAAGAAAGCCAAGAUGGGGGAGAAGAUCAAAUAUGAGGUGGAGGAGUUUACAAGUGUGUAUGAAGAAGUGGACGAGCAGCAGUACUCGAAGAUGGUACGAGAAAGACAAGAGGAUGAUUGGAUUAUUGAUGAUGAUGGAACUGGAUAUGUGGAGGAUGGAAGAGAAAUCUUUGACGAUGAUUUGGAUGAUGAUGUUGUCGAGAACAACAAAGGGAAAAAAGGCGCUAAAGGAGCAGACUCCAAGAAAAAUGUAAAGAAAUCUGUUGUAGCCAAACCCAACACCAUUAAGAGCCUCUUCAUGAACAGUAAUGUCAAGAGGCCUGCUGAGAAAGACGUGGACCUGUCCAAAGAUGACCUUUUAGGAGAUAUCUUACAGGACUUGCACUCUGAGAAACCGACUCUUCUGACUCCUCCACCAGUGGUCACUCUGAAGAAAAAGAAGUCUCUUGGAUCACCCUUGAACCCCUUUUCCAUCAAACCUCAGAUACCAAAGGAGUCAUCCUCAGCUACGGGGUCAAAGGCCAAAGUUGUCAGGCCGCCGCCUUCUGACCCAACUCCCAGGUCAUCAGCCCGCCUCCCUGCCCCUACACCUGCUCUUCCUGUGGAGAAGCAGAAAGCAAAAGUGGAGGCAGUGGAAGAGGAAGUGAGUGACUCUCUGGCAUUUGAUGGGGUGGACUUCGAUGAGCCAAUGGAGGUCGGGGUUGAGGAGGAGAAGCCUGCAAUGAAAGAUGAUGAUGAAUUUAAAGCAGCAGCAGCACAGGUGGCAGUUAAAGUGGAGCCCAAAUCCGAGCCUCAGGACCCCGUCUUAUUAUCAAGCAGGAUCGGAAGCUCUUGGGGACAAGAGGAGGAAGGUGUAGGCAGCGAGGCUCAAGCAGAGAUACAGGUUGACUCUAGCCAACUCCCGCUGGUGGAAGGUGCAGACGGGGAGCAGGUUUUCCGUUUCUAUUGGUUGGAUGCCUUCGAAGACCCCUACAGCCAACCAGGUGUGGUCUACUUGUUUGGAAAAGUUUGGAUUGAGUCUGCAAAGUCUCACGUCAGCUGCUGUGUUACUGUCAAGAACAUUGAGCGGACCAUGUACUUCCUGCCUCGCGAAUAUAAGGUGAACACUAAGACUGGAGAGGUGUCAGACACUCCUGUUGGACUGAUGGACGUCUACCAGGAGUUUAAUGACCUCUCUGAGAAGUUCCGGAUCAUGAAGUUCAAGUCUAAGAAAGUGGAGAAGAACUAUGCUUUUGAAAUUCCUGAUGUGCCCAGUCAGUGCGAGUACCUGGAAGUCAGAUAUUCUGCUGAGUUCCCUGCGCUGCCUUUGGACCUUAAGGGGGCGACCUUUUCCCACAUUUUUGGAACCAACACUUCCAGUCUGGAGCACUUCCUCCUCAGCAGGAAGAUCAAAGGGCCUUGCUGGCUGGACAUCAAAACACCACAGCUGAUCAGCCAGCCGGUCAGCUGGUGUAAAGUGGAGGCUCUGGCCCUGAGGAGUGACCUAGUCACUGUGGUCAAAGACCUGUCGCCCCCACCCAUCACUGUCAUGUCCAUCAGCCUCAAGACCAUCCAGAACCCCAAGACCCACCACAACGAGAUUGUGUCCCUGGCUGCUCUGGUCCACUAUCAGUUCUAUAUGGAUAAAGCACCACCUCAACCUCCAUACCAGACCCAUUUUUGUGUGGUCAGCAAACCAGCUGACUGUAUCUUCCCCUACGACUUCAAAGAGGCUGUGAAGAAGAAGAAUGGGAAAGUGGAGAUUGCUGCUACAGAGCGGACCCUGCUUGGCUUCUUCCUGGCCAAGAUGCACAAAAUUGACCCCGAUGUGCUGGUGGGUCACGACAUCUUUGGCUUUGACCUUGAAGUGAUUCUGCAGAGGAUCAAUGUGUGCAAGGUUCCCCACUGGUCUAAGAUGGGACGCCUCAGGAGGGCCAACAUGCCCAAACUAGGAGGUCGUGGUGCCUUUGCAGAGAAGAGCGCAACCUGUGGCCGCCUGGUGUGCGACGUGGAGAUCUCAGCCAAGGAGCUGAUUCGUUGUAAAAGUUACCAUCUGACUGAAUUGGCUGCGCAGGUGCUGAAGAUGGAGAGAGCCACCGUCCCUCAGGAAAACAUUAAGAAUCUCUACAGUGACUCUCCUCACCUGCUUUACCUGUUGGAGUUGACAUGGACAGACGCUAAGCUGAUCCUGCAGAUGAUGUGUGAGCUCAACGUGCUGCCGCUGGCCCUGCAGAUCACCAACAUUGCUGGCAAUGUCAUGUCUCGUACUCUGAUGGGCGGUCGCUCUGAGAGGAAUGAGUUCCUCUUGCUUCAUGCCUUCCACGACAAAAACUACAUAGUCCCUGACAAACCCUCCUUUAGAAAGGCCCAGCUGGACACGGUUGAGGGAGAAGAAGAUGUGGAUGCAGGUAAAGGCAAGCGGAAGAAGAAGGCAGCCUAUGCUGGAGGUCUGGUGCUGGAUCCUAAAGUUGGUUUCUACGACAAGUUUGUGCUGCUGCUUGACUUCAAUAGCCUGUAUCCCUCCAUCAUCCAAGAGUUCAACAUCUGCUUCACCACUGUGCAGAGGGAGGCUCACAGCACACAGAAGAAAAAUGAGGAGGACGAGGCAGAGGAGAUUCCCGAGAUUCCAGAUUUAAACCUGGAUAUGGGAAUCCUGCCCAAAGAAAUCAGGAAGCUGGUCGAGCGGCGUAAACAGGUCAAACAGCUGAUGAAACAGCAAGACAUCAACCCAGACCUCUACCUGCAGUAUGACAUUCGCCAGAAGGCUCUGAAGCUGACUGCUAACAGUAUGUACGGCUGCCUGGGAUUCAGUUACAGCCGCUUCUACGCAAAGCCACUGGCUGCCCUGGUCACGCACAAGGGUAGAGAGAUUCUGAUGCACACCAAAGACCUGGUUCAGAAGAUGAAUCUGGAAGUCAUCUACGGAGAUACCGACUCCAUUAUGAUCAACACCAACAGCAGGUCUCUGGAGGAGGUCUUCAAACUUGGCAAUAAGGUGAAGGCAGAAGUAAACAAGCUCUACAAACUGCUGGAGAUAGAUAUUGACGGUGUGUUUAAGUCACUCUUACUGCUGAAGAAGAAGAAAUACGCUGCCUUGGUGGUGGAGAACCACGGCGAAGGACGAUACAGCGUCAAGCAGGAGCUCAAAGGCUUGGACAUUGUCCGCAGAGAUUGGUGUGACCUGGCCAAGGAAUGUGGCAAUUAUGUGAUCGGUCAAAUCUUGUCGGACCAGAAUCGCGAUGUCAUUGUGGAGAACAUCCAGAAACACCUGGUGGAGGUGGGAGAGAAAGUAGCAGCUGGAGACAUACCACUCAACCAGUACGAGAUACACAAGGCUCUGACUAAAGAUCCUCAGGACUAUCCGGAUAAGAAGAGCCUCCCUCACGUCCACGUGGCUCUGUGGAUCAACUCUCAGGGCGGUCACCGGGUCAAAGCUGGAGAUACAAUCUCUUACAUCAUCUGCAAGGACGGCUCCACGCUGACAGCCAGUCAGAGAGCCUAUGCUCUAGAGCAACUCCAGAAACAGGAGGGUCUCAGUCUGGACAUUCAGUACUACCUGGCCCAGCAGGUCCACCCCGUGGUGUCCCGCAUCUGUGACCCCAUCGAGGGCAUAGAUAGCGUGCUCAUAGCCACGUGGCUGGGUCUGGACCCGAGUCAGUUCCGGGCUCAGCAGCAGUACCAGAGAGAGGAAGAGGCUGAUGGCAUGCUGGGAGCUCCAGUCCAGCUGACUGAUGAGGAGCGCUACAAAGACUGUGAGAGGUUCACCUUCACCUGCCCUCAAUGCAGCACUGACAACAUCUACGACUGUGUCUUUGAAGGAGCUGGAUCGAAGUUGGAGCCCAGCUUGAUGCGAUGCUGUCACACCUCCUGUGAGAGCCGCCCCAUUGACUACACUGUCAACAUCAGCAACAAACUGCUACUUGACAUCCGUCGCCAUGUCAAAAAAUACUACUCUUACUCCGAGAAGGCCCUGUACAACCAGCUGUGCUUCUACAGGUUCAUCUUUGACUGGGAUUAUGCUGCUGCCAAAGUACUUCAGGGUGAUGAGAGAA